GCGAAGGGAAGCGGAGUUCGCGCGUCUUGUUGUGCGUCCGUGGACCAAACAGCAGCAGCAGCGGUGCGCUUUUCCUCCUCCAGAGCUGCAGGCAUCCCGGGGAGCAGUCGCGCCGUGCAUGCCGCGGACGGCCGGCGGAGGAGGAUACUGCUCUGUUCGUCUUCGUUAUCAUUUUGACUGAUUGAGACUUACAUAUUUUUCAUUUCCCUAAUGCGAACCAACACUGAGCGGCCGGAGACAUGUGGAAUAAUCUGGAGAAACUGCAGCGCUUCUCUCUAGUGUGUCUUCUCCUGACGCUGCGGGCUGAGGUGUCUCAGUCCACGGGGUACUUCGAGCUGCAGCUGAUUUCGGUGGAAAACCCUAAAGGUCAGCUCCUGAACGGCGAAUGCUGCGACGCGGAGAAGAGCGCGGCCGAGGGCCACUGCGGCGCGGACGAGUGCGACACAUACUUGAGAGUGUGUUUAAAGGAAUACCAAACGGAGGUCACGACCAAUGGACAGUGCACCUACGGCUCGGAAACUACUAAGGUUAUCGGUGGGAAUACUUUUCAGUUCAGGGGCGGCCAGAAAACCGUCCAGAACCGGAACAACGAUGCCGGGAAGAUCACCAUUCCCUUCCAGUUCGCGUGGCCGCGAGCGUACACUGUGAUCGUGGAGGUGUGGGACAGAGACAACGGCACACACAGCAGCGAUGACGAGCUGCUCAUUGAACGCAGCAUCCACAAAGGGAUGAUCAACCCCGGAGAGGAGAAGCAGACGGUGGAGUAUAAAAGCCUGAUCGCCAGCCUCGAGUACGCCAUCCGCGUACGCUGUGACGAACACUAUUACGGCAGCAAGUGCAACAAAGUGUGCCGCCCCCGCGACGACUACUUCGGCCACUACGUGUGUGACCAGUUUGGGAACAGAGAGUGUAUGGAGGGCUGGACGAAUCUGACGCUCAGCUGCAAAGCAGCCAUCUGCAAACAAGGAUGCAGCCUCGAACACGGGACGUGCAGCGUGCCGGGGGAAUGCAAGUGUAACUACGGCUGGCAGGGCCCCCUCUGUGACAAGUGCCUGCCGUAUCCCGGCUGUGUCCACGGGACCUGCAGCGAGCCCUGGCAGUGCACCUGUGAGAAGAACUGGGGAGGUCUGCUCUGUGACAAAGAUCUGAACUACUGUGGGACCAACCGACCCUGUAAGAACGGGGGGACGUGUAUGAACACAGAGCCGGACGAGUAUAACUGUGCCUGUCCAGACGGAUACUCUGGCAAGAACUGCGAGAUCGCCGAGCACGCCUGUGUUUCCAACCCCUGUGCCAACGGAGGGACGUGCCAUGAGGUCCCAUCAGGCUUUGAGUGUCACUGUCCGGCGGGCUGGUCCGGCCCGACCUGUGCUAAAGACACGGAUGAAUGCGCCUCCAGCCCCUGUGCUCAGGGUGGAACCUGCAUCGACAUGGAGAACGGCUUCGAGUGCCUCUGCCCUCCACAGUGGACGGGCAAGACCUGCCAGAUAGACGUUAAUGAAUGUGCGGAGAAGCCUUGCCUCAAUGCUUACUCUUGCAAAAACUUGAUUGGUGGAUAUCACUGUGCCUGCUUUCGUGGAUGGGUGGGCCAGAACUGUGACAUCAACGUGAACAGCUGCCAUGGCCAGUGUCACAAUGGAGGGACCUGCAAGGAGGUGGCCAGAGGCUACCAGUGUGUUUGCCAGGUGGGAUUCGUGGGUCGGCACUGUGAGGUUCAGAGAAACCGCUGUGCCAGCAGUCCAUGUAGGAACGGUGGCCGCUGCCACGCCCUGCUGGACGGGUUCAUGUGUGAAUGCCCGCAGGGCUUUGCUGGUACAACUUGUGAGGUGCAGAAUGACCCAUGCAGCCCGAACCCAUGUCACAAUAAGGCCCAGUGCCACAGCGUGAUGGGAGAUUUCUACUGCAGCUGCCCAGAUGAUUACGAGGGCAAAACCUGUUCAGAGCUGAAGGACCACUGCAAGACCAACCAGUGUCAAGUGAUUGACAGUUGCACUGUUGCCGUGGCAACCAAUGACACCCAAAAGCGGGUGUGGCACAUCUCAUCCAAUGUGUGCGGACCCCACGGCCGCUGCAUCAGCCUGCCUGCCGGGAACUUCAGCUGCUCCUGUGAGCCAGGAUUCACUGGCACCUACUGCCACGAGAACAUUAAUGACUGCGCGUCCUCCCCCUGUAAGAACGGAGGCACUUGCAUCGACGGGAUCAACACUUUCCAGUGUUUCUGCCCAGACGGCUGGGAGGGCAGUCUGUGCGACGCUGAUGUGAACGAGUGCAACAGGAACCCCUGUCAGAACGGAGGCCAAUGUGUCGAUCUGCUCAACGACUUCUAUUGCAACUGUGUGGACAACUGGAAAGGAAAGACCUGCCACUCACGUGAGAGCCAGUGCGACUCCACUACCUGCAGUAAUGGAGGGACGUGUUACGACCACGGAGACUCCUUCCUGUGCAGCUGCCCCUCAGGCUGGGGUGGCAGCACCUGCAACACAGCCAAGAACAGCACAUGUGACUCGGGUCCGUGCGAGAACGGAGGGACGUGUGUUGGAGGGGGAGACGCCUUCACCUGCAUCUGCAAGGACGGCUGGGAGGGACCCACCUGUGCACAGAAUGUUGAUGACUGCAAUCCACAUCCCUGCUACAACGGCGGCAUCUGCGUCGACGGCGUGAACUGGUUCCGCUGCGAAUGCGCCCCGGGGUUCGCCGGACCGGACUGCCGCAUCAACAUAGACGAGUGUCAGUCGUCUCCUUGCGCUGAAGGUUCAACCUGCAUGGAUGAAAUCAACGGCUACCGCUGUGUUUGCCCCCCGGGACAUGCCGGUCCUCGCUGUCAGGAGUUCAUUGGACUUGGGAAGUCGUGCCGUCACGCUGGCUUGCAGUUUCCUCACGGCAGCCGCUGGGAGGAGGAGUGUAACGCCUGCCAGUGUGUCAACGGAUACGUUCGCUGCUCCAAGGUGAGGUGUGGGCGUCGGCCGUGCCUCCUCCCCAAAGCUCCGCCUCCUCCUGCGGACACAAACCCUCCGUCUUGCCCCGGAGGUCACGAGUGCGUGGAGCAUCAGUUCCUCACCUGCUUCUCGCCGCCCUGCCACCAGUGGGGUGUGUGUUCAACGCCGGACCCCCCGACACCCCUACACACCCAGUGUGAGCCCAACAGCGGUUACCUUGACAACAGCUGCGCUCGCAUCACGCUCAUCUUCAAAAAAGACAAAGUGCCACAGGGCACCACUGUAGAGAACAUCUGCUCCGAGCUGAGGUACCUCCCCGUGACUCAGACGCUGGCUGAGGAGCGAGCGCUGCUCAUCCUCUGUGACCUGUCCUACUCCAACAGUGACGCCGUGGAGGUCGCCAUGUCCUUCGAGCAGGACGGCCGGUCGAAGGACAGCGAUCGAGGACAGAUCCAGAAGGCGGCCAGUGCCAUCAUCGGCGCGCUGUCCAAACGCCACAACAGCACCGUCAUGCUGGCCGUGGUGGAGGUCAAAGUGGAGACGCAGGUGGAGUCGCCGCCUGUUGGUUACCUGGUCCCGGUGCUGUGCGUCGUCUUCAGCGUCCUCUGGAUCUUCUGCAUUGUGGUUUGCGUUUGGUGGACCCGCAAGAGGAAGAAAGAGCGCGAGAGAGCGGCCCAAUCCGAGGAAACGACGGUCAACAACCAGCUGGAGACGCUGCGGAGCAACGCCCCGAAGGACAACCGCGACAAAGACAUUCACUACGAAUGCAAGAAACUGAUGGGCCCCUCCGACAGGACGUGCGACGGGGCCGAGGGCGAGGAGGAAGGGGAGCAGGAGGGGGAGCAGGAGGAAGACGAGGAGCGGGCGCUGGGCAUGGGGGACAAGUGUCCACCACAAAAGUGCUCCAUAGCGGGGGCGCAGGACAGGGGGAUGAUGGGUAAGGGAGGGGUCAUCUGCACGUCGCGCAGCGGUCCGGUCAAGGCGCCGCAUCGGACAGCGUACAGCCCCAAAGACAACCGGUGUAAAAACCUGAACGCCGCCAAGCUCAGCGACGACAUUAAAGACCACUAUGUAUGAACACUCAGAGGAGGACGGACCCUCCUGAGUCAAGACAAAAACUGCAAUGUCUUCAACGUCAACUCUUAAAAGCACCAAAAGUGAAGAUUACAGACGCUCGAAUUUUCUAUUUUUUGUUCGUCACAGCUUAUUUAAGGUCUUGGCCUGCAGCACCGAGGCUCAUUUUACCAAAAACCACCAAAAAAACACUCAAAAAGAACAAAAAAAGUGGCGGAAAAUAAACGUGACAGCUUGUGGAUUUUCUGGAUUUCGGUUUAAUCGUCAAACUGUUGGAAUCAAGAAGAAUUUUCUUUUCGCGGCUCCUGAUUUGCUGUUUUCCACGUCGCCUCGUCAGAACUAACGCUUCCCUUUUUUCUCGUCUCACCUGGAGGUCUAACUGAACGUGAUUGGCUGGCAGCUGUUAACAAUGUUUCUACUGUUUGGUGCAUUCGGUUCCUGUCUGCCUUAGCCCAAACCUGCGGGCCUUUUCUACACUGUCUUCAUAUCAUGUCUUUUUAUUAAAAAGAAAAAAGCCUAAAAAAAAGAUUUUACAUUUGAGUCGUUGACAGUUGGCACAGAGAAUCCACUGUUUGAUACCCGGCAUGAGCGUUUUUUGUUUACAUUCAUAAACAUCUUUUCCACUUGGUGUUAAGGCUUCUUACGUAUAACCUUUUAAAAUAACUGUCGCUGCUUCCUGCAAGCCUCCAUGAUGAUUUUUCAGUAUUUGCUUUGGUAGAAAAGUGCCUUCAGCCCUGAGUUUCUCUCUCCUCCUAUAGAGUUUAUGCAGAAUUUAAAUACAUAUAAAGGGAAAGAUGUCCUAGUAACAACUCUUCAUACGACAGUAAAGGUUAUUUUCUUUGCAAUGUACAUAUGUAAAUAUGAAAAAAAUGGCUGUGUAUAUUUGAAUUUAGUAACUUAAGUGAUGCUUUGUAUCAUAGUUAUUCUAAAGAAAAGGUUUUUGUGGUUGUUUUUUAAUGAUGUCAUUCCGUUUCUGAGUGUCUGCCGACACUUUGACAGGUUUUAUACUGAUUUUUCGGGCUGCGUCCUCUGAAUCGUGAGCGUUGGUUUAAAAAGAAAACAGAUGAUGAUUGUUUGUCUGUCUGUGUUACGAUUAUUUGUUCCAGCUGUUUGGAGAGCUGUGUGUGAGGCCUGUCCAUCAUUGUGACAGAUCUGAGCUACAGGAACCUCCAGUGCCUCGUAGGAGGAAUCUGAUGUGUGUGAGGGACUUUUCAUCCUCUAGAGCCUGAUCCUGAGGGCCACAUGCAGGAUGCACCUUUCUAGAACACUUUCAUUUGAAUUCAGUUCACUUCUGAGUUUGAACGCAGCGUGCACAUGAUGUCUGAAGAGAAUAGCGUGGGCCAACCCUUCAAAAAGCGAUCGAAAUGACAUUUCACUCAGUCCACUGACGGCAAAUACAGACAUUUAAUGCUGGUGUUUCACAUCCGUCUGGCUCUGUGCACGUAUGCAACAAUAAAACCCUGUUAGCGAGUAUCAGUGUCAGAAAGGUAGACGAUGUGAUUUCACUGCAUCUGUUUUAUUUAAUCAUUUUCUGUCACUUCUCAGAUUUAGGGACUUGUUUUUGGUGGAAGCUCUGCUGCUUGCCGCCUCAUCCGUGACUUCUUGAUCAGGGACUCCAAAUGGCACAGAAUAAAGCAGCCCUGUGCUGAGUCUUAAACCAGCGCCGACACAUCUGAUUUCUGUCUUCUUUUUUUAAAAAGCACAGAAAUGUGGCUAUAAUUGAAAUCAUAGAGCUCACAAUCUCAUCACGAGAGAAAAUGAGAUCACUCAGUUGUCGUUCUCCUGAAUCAGAGCCGACCACGCCCCCCUCUGGCCCUCCCCUCCCCACAUGGACCCCAGUGAUGAACAGAAACAUCUUAGAAUAUUGAUGAUGUGAUUCCAACAUGUGAUUCAGCACGGUGCAUACCAGCGUUCCAUGUUGGCUUAUCCAUAAAAUCCACUGAUUUCUGUUUUCAGUCCACGCUUGCGGGUCACAGGGUCCAGACAAGCACUGCUGCCAGUCUCAGCUCAGGCUGCUGCAGAGUCGGCAUGGAAACCUUCUUCAGGAGGGUGUGGAGGGGAAUCGACUCGCAGUGGUCGCGUGUUCUCCCCGCUCGGCCCGCCUCUCCUCGUGUAUCUAAUCUGGUGUAAUGAAGGGAACAAGUUGUGUUGUUGUUGAUGUUGUUGACUGUUGUGGUUGUUGUCCAGUGUUUGUAAAGAGUCUGUUUCUGCACUAAGAACACAGGAGAAGAGAAACAUUUAGCAUUACCUCCACAGCUGUAGUGAAAAGACAAAAGGAGUCAAAUAUCGUCACUAUUUGUGGAUGAACAUUAUGUUUUCAAUUCUUUAUGUUUUUGUUAAUAAUGCUGAUGCAAAUCAUGUAAAACCCAAAUUCAUACUCUGUCAGUAAAUUUUCCAUUGUGUAAGUCCCACAGGAGGGGCUGAAUGUGCAGAACAUUGUAAUUAUUUUGUACAAAAUUUGGUAAAAGUCUUGGUUUGUUAGUGGAAUUUUUUUUUGUUUGUUCUUAGAACAAUCCUAUUAUUUAUUAAAGUAUUUUAU